UAGUCCAAAUAUUCGACGCGCAUGAGAGAGAGAGAGAGAGAGAGAGAGAGAGCACACGACCUUUCAAUCAACUACAGUUCAAUCCUAGCGGACACACGACAUUUUCUCUGUCUCCGGACACCAUAAAAACCUCUCCACUUUCUCUCUCUCUACAUUUUCAAAAAGCAGUAAAGCCGUCGUUUCCAAAUCCACCACCAAACGACUAUCUCUCUAAACAAUCCUCGAUCAGGUAGGGUUUUGAUUGGAGGUUGAAGUGGCGGGGAUGGCGAAUCGAGUGAAGGAGGAUGAGAAAAACGAGAGAAUUAUACGGAAUCUUCUCAAACUUGCCGACAAUCGCAGAUGUAUUAACUGUAACAGCUUGGGACCACAAUAUGUAUGCACAAAUUUCUGGACAUUCGUGUGCACAACCUGUAGUGGAGUACAUCGGGAGUUCACACACAGAGUAAAAUCAGUGUCAAUGGCUAAAUUUACUACGCAGGAAGUUAGUGCUCUUCAAGGAGGGGGAAAUGCGCAUGCAAAGGAAAUUUAUUUAAAAGAAUGGGACUCACAACGUCAUUCUGUCCCUGAUACGAGUAAUGCUGAGAGGCUUCGGGACUUCAUUAAGCAUGUUUAUGUGGAUAGAAGAUAUACUGGAGAGAGGAGCUUUGACAAACCUCCAAGGGUGAAGAUGGGUGAAGCCGAGGACUCCUACGAAGGCAGGAGGAUAGAUACAUAUCAAGGUGGAAGAAGCCCACCAUAUGAGGACACAUAUGAACGUCGUUACAGCGAUAGACCUAGUCCAGGUGGAAGAAGUGAUGAUAGAAAUUACAGAAAUAGUUACGGUGAAAGAAGUCCAGGAUACGAUCAAGAAAGUCGACGGUAUGGUGAUUUCAAGAGAAGUCCUGCCCGUGCUGAGGUAAUCAAUGACUGGCGACGGGAAGAGAGAUUUGGAAAUGGAAGGAGAUCUGAAGAUGGUAGAAUUUCUGAUGGAAGUUCUAAGAUGGAAGGGAGGUCUCCUGACCACCAAAAGGAUCUGAAUAUCUCCAGUCCUCCUAUGGUCCGCCCUGUUAGAGAUAUUCUGGGAGAGAAUGUAUCUCCCCUUCGGGUUAUUGAACCUCCAAAAGCUAAUGGUGGCGGGGUUACUGAUGGAUCUCGCACACAGAGAACUGCGUCUUCCAGUAGCUUGGCAUCCUCUAAUGGGAACCCAGCAGAACUUAAAAGGGAGAAUUCAGGAAUUUUGAUCGAUUUUGAUGCUGUUCCUGAACCUCCUACUUCUGCAAUCCCACAAACACAACAAACAGCAAUGGGUCAGUCGGUUGUGCAGCCAGCAACUUCAUCCAACAGUGACAACUGGGCAUGUUUCGAUUCGGCCCCUGAGGUGAAAAUAUCUCAAGCUCCUGCAAAUGCAAAUUCGCUGGAAUCUGUACUUUCACAGAUGACAGUUCCAGCAUCUGUACCAGUUCAAACCGCAGGAUUUCCUGGUGCCAACAUGUCAGCGCUACCAUCUGCUCAUAAUUCACUAGGUGCACCUGCAGGACAUAUGUCUAUUUCACUCUUUGGUGAUAAUGCUCCAGCAGCUGUGCUGGUAGACAACUUGACAAAUUUUCCCCCUGUUAAUACUCCAGUGGCAGCACCUGUUGGGCACGUAUCCAUGUUCCCCCUUGGGGUUGGUGCUCCAGUAGCUGCAACAGCAAACAAGUCGACAACAUUUUCAUCGGGAUUGCCAUCAAACGGUGCAAAUUCUUUUGUCAAAGUUGCUGAUGGAGGGCAGUGGCCCAACAUGCUUCCUCAUCAACCUUCUUUAUUUCCUGCUACUGGUAGUCAGCCUACUGCUCAGCCGUUCACUCCACCAGUUAGUGGAUCUUCAAACAAUCAGCCAUGGAAUUUGUCUAUUGCCUCAAAUCCGCAAGGUCCUUCGAGUAUACCAUCUGCACAAACAUCUCCGGCUUUGUCAAAACCUGCCCCAGAUGUCACUUCACAAUCCUCUUCCAUGGAAGUUAAACCAAGUGGGAGAACAGAACUUCCACAGAAUCUAUUCGCUGCAACUUAUCCAUCUUCUGUACCAGUUCCGGGCUGGCAAACUGGUCCACCCCAGGGAUAUGGAUUCAAUAUGCAAUAUAACAAUACUGCAAUGCCCAUGUCAACUUUUCCGCAUUCAUCAAAAUCAACUAAUCCAUUUGAUCUCAACAAUGAAUUAUCUCCAGUUCAAGCUCCAAUGUUUCCUUCCAUGGCAUCCUUGCAUGGUGCUCUACCAAAUGUGGCAGCUCCAGCAGGCUUAUUGAGCACUUCCAGCCUCGGUACCCCUUUGACAUCAUGGAUGCCGUCUCAGUCAUCUUAUCCAUCAGCAAUGCCUGCCCAGGCACCAUCUUUUACAUACGCAGUUCCUCCAAGUGCAUACAUGGGGCAACAGAUGCCUAGUAACUUGCCACCCAGGCAGCAAGGAGUGAUGGGGCUUAGUAAUGAGGGAGCUACUUUCGGAUCUUCAAUUCUGAACCAGCAGCAUCAGCAACUGGGUGGAAUAUAUUCAGCACCUGCUCCCCAAAACACUUUCUCCACCGUUGGAGGCAACCCAUUUGGUUAAAUUGAGACAACAAUGGCCUUCUGACCCCAUUCUACGGCCUCCUUCUCAAGUCACUGGGUGGAAAUUUCAAGUUUUGUUCAUGUUGUAUAUUAAGUCGAAUGAUCCAGCCAACGGUGAAGAUUUAUUGCGUGGGGUCUUGGGUUAAGGUUCGAAUUCUAUGCAUGGGCCAUGUAACAUUAUUGCAAUUGCUGGAAGAAAAGAAGAUUGAGAGAGAUGCAGAUAAAGAAAUAGCGGUAUAUGAUUAUGAUUUGUGUAGGGGAUUGAGCAGCUCAUGGAGUUUGUGUGCAGGUAUGUUUUGUCAAUUAUUUGAUUAAGUGUUUCAUUGGGUGAUGAUGUUUGUGUUUGUGACUGCUGCUCCCCAAAAAUUUUUAUCAAAAUUUUAAGCUAUUUUUUAUUCACUUUUUUGUAUGAUUAUAAAAUUUUCUUCACAAUUGAGUGAGGUCAUAUUUUGUCAGUAAUUUUAUAAAAUUGAAUGUUUGUAAAGCA